AUGAAAAUGCUGCUGAUCGUAUUUCUUUCACUUCUGAUGCUCAGACUGAGUCGUAAGUACACAAAAUGCUUUCUAAAUUACUUUAUAUUUAUAUGUUGUAUUUUCAUACUGAGUAUCAUUCACCACAGAGCCCAAAUGAUCCUUUUUUAUAAAUACUGACAUUAUUUCUUCAUUUUCUUCAGGUUGUACAGAUGAUGAGCACUAUGAGACAAAAACUGUCAGUGUUGGAGAUGAUGUGACUUUGACGUGUCCUCGCAAGAACCCUCUACUAAAUUCAGGACAGUUAUUCUGGUUCAGGGUAGUUUCUGGAGAUUUACCUGAAUUAUUGGGAGGAACGUAUGACUUUGACUAUGAAGUUGUUAACAAAACCCCUCACUUCACCACAAAACAAGAACCUGAAACAUUUGUCCUGAUUAUCAACAAAACACAGCUCAGAGAUACUGGACUUUACUUUUGUAUAAGACAAGAACUAUUAAAUGUUAUUCUUUUGAAGGGAACAUUCCUGAGGAUUAAAGGUAAAUGAAAUAUACUAACCUUUUUUUGAUGGCUGCUUAACAAUGUAAUCAAACUACGAUCAGCAGUUUCAUUGUUCCUCAUGAAAAAAGAUGUGAGAGUAGAAUUUUUUCGUGAAUCUAGAAAAAUGUCUAUUAAAAACUUUCUCUUUGUCUAAAAAUAAAGGACCAGGACCUGAUAUCAUCUCAGUUGUUCAAGACAUUUUAUCUAAUCCAGCCCGUCCAUGGGACUCAAAGACUCUACAGUGUUCAGUCCUCAGUGACAAGAGCAGCAAAACCUGUCCAGAUAAACCCAGAGCGUUCUGGUUCAGAUCUGGAUCAGAUGAGUCCCGUCCCAGUGUCGUUUACACUCAUGGAAACAAAAGUGAUGGAUGUGAGGAAAGUCCAGAGAAUCCCUCUCUGCAGAGAUGUGUCUACAGCUUUUCUAAGACCGUCAGCUCCUCUGAUGAUGAGACUGUCUACUGUGCUGUGGUCGCAUGUGGAGAGAUACUGUUUGGAAAUGGAACAAAACUCAUCUCUGAAGGUAAUGGUACAAUAUCUUAUACGAAGCAUUUAGAAACAUUUAUCCAGAAUUUGAAAACAGUUUUUCCACAAAAGUGAUUGUAGUAAACUUUUAAAUCAACUGUAUUUUUUUACUGAAAUAAUUGUGAACUUAAAGUAUUUGCUUUAUUUCAGGAAACAACAUGCAGCAUUUGAAGACCAACAUAGCUCUCUAUCUGCUUUCAGCUGCUUUGGUUCUUUGUCUGAUUGUUAUAGUUUUUCUGGUUUAUAAAAUCAGGACAAUAUCUUGCAACGGUAAUGGAAAUUUUCUAUCCUCAUAAAUAAACCAAACAGUUGUUAUUAUUAUUAUUAUUAUUAUUAUUAUUAUUAUUAUUAUUAUUGUUGUUGUUGUUGUUGUUGUUGUUGUUACUGCUCUGUUUCAAUUGAUAGACCUUUUAUUUGAUUUGGUUUUAACACAGCGGCUGUUGAAAGUCUUUGUUUCCGUCAAUUUUAAUAUCAGCCUUAUCAUUACAUUUCCUGGUGUAUAUCCUCAGAGAGAUGAGAGCUCACUGGUUUAUGCCGCACCAGCAUUUUCUAAGAAGAGGAAAACUGACAAAGGACCGAGAAGAAAUGUAAAACCAGCAGAGGACCAGAUUAUCUACAGCGGCGUCAGAACUGCUGCAACAGACUGACAGUGGAAACUGUUUAUCUGUUCAUUUCAUCUGACAUAUUGAGAAGACUGUGGUCUCUGACAUUAUAUGUAGACAUGUUUGCAGUAGUUGUAUUUGCUUCUGUUAUUUUAUGAAAAAGGAAUUUACUAUCAGGAGCUUUAAGUAAUGUCCUGCACUUUGAACCAGAUUCACAUCAGCUGUUUCUCUAUUUUUGAGUCUUUUUUAAAUUGUUUUUUUUUUUCUAAAUCCCAUCCGCCUAUUUUCUCUUGAAUGCAGUUUGUAUGCUGUCAGCUUUACAUGUUUGUUUCUCAAAAGUAAAAAGAUGAUUGAAAUUAAGAUGGUGGUUUUUGUUGCUUCCAAUCAUAAGAAAAAACUUUGAGAUGUUGAAUAAAAAAAGCUGUUGGGGAAGUUUUUACAGAGAUAAAAUCCUGUUUCUUCAACAAGAUGAGAUAAGACUAUUGUUCUGAAGAGGAGAAAUUCAGAUGUUGCAGCAACUCUAGACAUGAUCAGCCAGCAAGCAACACAAUAAAAAUAUACCCAGAAGAAAAACACAGAAAAAUAAUUAAAGCUGUAAGCAGAGUUGAACUCCUGUCCUGGUUUGGUGCACAUUGGAAGGUCAAGUCAAGAUGUUUAAGACCAGCAAAGGUCAUAUUUCUGAAAUCUUGUAGGUCACUGAGCUCAUUAACUACAUGUCAACAUCGCAAGUGUGUGUGUGUGUGUGUGUGUGUGUGUGUGUGUGUGUGUGUGUGUGUGUGUGUGUAUUUUUUAAAUUAUUCAUCAUGUGGUAAAUUCUGAUCAUUUAUUCCACUUUCAUUUCUCAUAUCAAACCAAGGUCCCUUUAUAAUCAAAUCCUGAAAAUGCUGAAAAUUUUAUCUGCAAACUAGAACGAGUUAAUUUCCAGACUAAAUAUCCAGAUCUGUGUUAGCACCCGCAGCUCAACCCUGAAAAUGCUGAGAAAUUUUCAGUGUUGUGGUUCAUGUGUGAAAGGGGCUGAUGUGUAUCACUUGUAUUAAUCUUACAUGGAUAAAACAAAACAGACAAAAACACAGUGUUGCUAAAAUGCUAAAUAGCAAGCUUCACAAAGAAGCUAACUAACUUAGCUCUUUCUGCAUGAACUAUAUCACACAGUCUAUAGAUAUACAGAAUGAAGCUGGUGUAUGGGUGUUUCCAUUCAGGGUUAUUUGUUGAAAACAACUGUGAAACAGGAAAGAAAAGCUGGCUGCUGGUCACAUUUUAUGUGCUCUGGUUUGAAAGACGGUUGUUUUUUUCCAUUGUGGUCGAACAGUGUAAGUACCAUCAUAAUAACAAGCCAAUCAGGUCGGCCUGUUACUGUCUCCUCCCACUUUAUGUGAUUAUAUCAAGAGGAAUCAUCUUCUUUUUCAAGCUCAGUUUAGUGCUGUCGUAACUGGACUGACAAGGACAUGCUGACUGCAUUUUUAUUACUCCUGGCGCUCAGACUGAGUCGUAAGUAACAUUUUCUAAAGUGAAUCAGAUUUGUAUUUUUGAUUUUGAUACUUUAAAUUUUUUACUAAAAGGGAAAAAAAAUCUAUCUUUCGCUUUUGUUUAACACUGAUAUUUCCUCAUUUUGUUCAGGUUGCACAGCUGAUGAGAACUACGAGACAAAGACAGUCAGUGUGAAAGAUGGUGUGACUUUGUCGUGUCCUCGGGAUACCUCUUGGUUGUCAACAAAUUUUUUCUGGUUCAGGAUGGUUUCUGGAGGCACGCCUGAAUUUUUGGGAGGAACCCCGAGCUUUGACUAUGAAGAAGUUACCAAAACUCCUCAUUUCACAGUAAAACAAGAACCUGAAAAGUUUGUCCUGACCAUCAAAGAAACACGGCUCAAUGAUACUGGACUUUACUUUUGUGUAAAACUGUGCCAACUUAACGUGACUUUUUUGAAGAGAACGUUUCUGAGGAUAAAAGGUAAAUAAAAUACACUUCACAGACUUUUAACUUCCUUAAAGUUAGAAUCAACCCUGAGUGAUGUCAGCAGAUAUAAUGUUCCACAUGAAAAGAGAUGUAAGAAUAAAUCUCAUAACUUCCAUUUAUAUAUUUUAACUUUAACUUUGAACUUCAUUUGAACUUAUUUUACUUCUUUGAGCAAAAUCAAAAGCUGCACUUUCUGUCUUAAAUUUAUGACAACCAGGACCUGAAAUCAGUCAAGCCAUUUCACCUGAUCCAGAAGACUCAAAGACUCUGCAGUGUUCAGUCCUCAGAGACAAGAGCAGCAAAACCUGUCCAGAUAAACCCAGAGUGUUCUGGUUCAGAUCUGGAUCAGAUGAUUCCCGUCCCAGUGUCAUUUACACUCAUGGAAACAAAAGUGAUGGAUGUGAGGAGAGUCCAGAGACUCCCUCUCUGCAGAGAUGUGUCUACAGCUUUUCUAAGACCGUCAGCUCCUCUGAUGAUGAGACUGUCUACUGUGGUGUGGUCACAUGUGGAGAGAUACUGUUUGGAAAUGGAACAAAGCUCACCUCUGAAGGUAACGGCACAGUAUCUUAUUUAAAUCAAAAAAUAUAUGUGGAGAUCUUAUUUGUGGAAAGACAAGAACCAAACUUUGUACGAGUCAAUGUUCAUGAUGUUAUUAACAUUAACAUCUAAUUUUUGUCUGUUUUUUGUACUUAGAUGAAACUUCUAAAUCAACGGGGCUGGUGAUAGCAGUUCUCUGUUUGGUGUUUUCUGUGAUUGUCAAUUUUGCUUUCAUCUGUUACAACACCACAAGAGCAAAAAGUGAACAACACAAAAGUAAGUGGUGAUGACUUUGUCUGAAAACAAAAUGUUUCAGGAGCCAUAAGAACCCAGAAGAGCAUACUUUUCCCUUAGAGUAUAAAUCUUAUAUUUAACGUCCUCAUAAAUGUUUAUUUCAAGAAGUAUAAGGAGAACUGAAAAUAUAUUCAACAGUUCUGAGUUAAAGUGACUUUAUCCUGACUGUAACUGAUGUAGUUUGUAUUUUAAACUCCAGCUGCUGUUUCCCUGCAAAGAAAGCGUGUUUGUCAGAAAGAUCAACAGGUAAAUUAUUCAAAGGCAGCUUUAACUUCAGAUUUAAUGGUAUAAAAACAUUUUCUCUCACAUUGUUCUCCACAUUUCCUCAGGUAGAUGAGGACACACGGGUUUACUCUGCUGCUGUCUUCACCAUGAGGAGAGCCGACAGCGCUGCAGUGGAGAGAGGGAGGAUCAACGCCGCUCUGAAGGCGUUUGGGUUGGACUAGAGAGUUAUCUGCUUUCUAUCAGCCGAUACAGUCUGGAUGGAUCACUGAUUUUUAUAAAACCAAAGACAGUUUGGUGAUAUGAAGUUGUAAUGGCAAUCUCACAUUGUACUCAAAAACAGUUUAUAAUGACUGUUUUUUUCUGUUUCAGCUUAUUUGAUGCUUUUUUAAAGAUGUUUUUUUGAACUUUAAGCCUUUAGUAGAAAAAAUGCUUUAUUGAGAGUCUGACGGAUGACAUGCACCAAAUCUUGUCACAGACCUGAACCAGCGCCAUGCUUUCAUGUAUUUGUGUACAAAUAUUAAAGUUGAUUUCUUUGAAUAAAUCAAUAUAAGUGACUCUUCAGUUGUGAUUUCAAAUAUAUAUCCUCUGCUAAGUUGACAGACAGCUGACUGCUGGUUUCUCAUGGUUUUUGUUUGACUUCAGCAAAGAUGUGAAUCCUUGUUUUGGAUAAUAGAGCAGACUAAAUCUGUUUAACAGACAAACUCACUCUGUAAACUGUGGUUCAGGCCUAAAAGAGCAGCUACAAACCAGUCACCGUCCAACACCUUCCCUCUCUGACAGCAACUACAGGCUAGACUGAACGCAAACUGUGGGUGUGUGUGCAAGAAGAGAGAGAGAGAGAGAGAGAGAGAGAGAUUAAAGAAACACAAAGUAGAUCAGUAAAAGAAAGUACGUCCCUUUGUUUGAAACCACGUGUGGCAGUUCUUUGUUGAGUCCACCGUCUCCAUGUGUCGUGUUGUUUAAGUUUCGAAGUUUGCAUGUGGUCAACUAUUUGACCACGCGCACACACACACACACAUGCACACAUACAAACACACAUAUGCACACCAGACAACCAAACCGUGCAUGGAAACUUCAGUGCUGCUGUUGUGGUUUGGCCUCACACACUGAGGUGAGAAAACAGAGCUAUUUUCUAAUUUGACACUCUCUGAAUUCCAAGAAGUUAAACUUCACUUUUGUUUUACUUUCUUAAAAUACAAAAAGACUGAGUUAUUUAAAGAUAAUUGGAACACAACACCUUACAUGAAUGCAUAAAGGGUGCUAUGAGCUGUGUUUUAUUGUGUUUUUUUUUUUGGUUUGUUUGCAUGUUUGUGCUCCUGAACAUCAAUGCUGUCAUAGGUGGGAGGUUCUUCACAUUUAGCUCCUCCUUUCAGCUUGAACAUGAGUUUGAAAUUUUUGUCUCACAAGAUCCUAGAGCAGGUUUCACAUCCUUGCAGAAGUCUUUUUCAAUGAAUAUCACUAUCUGUAACAUCAUUUUCUUGAGUUAUUGAUCAUUUUAUUCAGCAGUGACCAAACAAGUGACAAUGAGUAAAGCACCAGUCGCUCAUGUUAAAAGACCACAGCCUCCUCGGGAAGUAGCCUCCUGUAUGGGUGGUCUGUGUCAUUCAGUAAAUUAUGACACCUUUGGUACUAUGUUGACAUUGUUUGAGAAGGCAUUGUCAUCAUCAUAGCACCAAAGGUGUCAUAAUGACUCUUAGUGACAACCUUAAUAAGCCAUAUUCAUGUUAGUGACAGGUGUUAUUAAAUGGUUAUGACAGCAUAAUGUCAGUGUUAUAUAAACCCCUUCAAAUAAAGUGUUACCUUUAUAUUUAUUUAUUGUAAAACUACCUGAAUAUGAGAAUAGUUUUAUGUUUAUUUAGAAAGAGCCUUUUAUAUCUACACACAAGGUCACCAUCUCAAACUGCCAUCCCUCUGAAUAAGCGAUGUCCAUGGACAUCCAAAAGAAGUAGAUAUCACAUUGGUCCAUUCAGAACGUAAUCUGAGCAUCCAUACAACGUUCAUAUUCAGUUGAAACACGACAUGAAAUGAUGUUGUUUAACCUGGUCCAAAUCUGGACGUCUACAGACAGCCAGAACUAGUCAAGAAUAGAUGUCGAGACAGGCCACAAUCUGAACAUCUAUGUGACUCCAGCAUUAGUCGAUUAAUGACUUUGAGACGAGAGGUUCAGUCUGGCCAAAUUCUGGAUGUUAUUAGACAACCAGAACUAGUCAAAGAUAGACAUUAGCACGUGCCACUAUCUGGACAUCUUUAUAAGGUUUGUAUUUAGUUCAUAUAUAAUGUUGUUCAGCCUGGCCAAAUUCUGGACAUCUGCAGAUAGCCAGAACUAGUCAAGGAUAGAUGUUGAGACAGACCAUAUUAUCAACGUAUAUAUCACGUCAUUUCUAGGCCUAAAGCACACCAAAAAUUCCAUUUAAGUGGCCUGACGACCUUAAGGACUUUGACCUUGAUUCUAAUGCACUUCAAAUUUGCAUCAGUUGUCCCACCAACCAAUUGACGUCAGAGAGACGUGCAGAUCACGCCAGUAUUGGGUCAGUCCGUCGUAGAUGUCAUAGAGAUGUGCAAAAUAGGUUAGAGAUUUAGAUGUCUAAAUUGGACCUCUUUUAGACGUCAUAAUGACGUUCAGCAUUUGGACUUCAUCUGAAGACCAAAUCUAGUUGUCAGUGCGAUGUGCAAAAUAGAGCCAAGAUUUAGACGUCAUUAUUGGACUUCUUUUAGACAUUGAACUGACGUUCACAUUAUCAUGUAAUCUGGACGUUAUGUCCUCCACUGAAUCUAGACUUUGAAGCAACGUGCAAAAUAGGUCCAAGAUUUAAAUGGACAUGUUUCAGAUGUCAAAAUCAUAUUUGGAUGAGUGUGGUUAAUGGAGUUGACAACAAAUUCAAUAAAACAUGUUUAAUGACCAUCAUAUUGGUUUUGUUAUAUUGACACAUUGAGAUUUAGAUUUAUUGGUCCCUGUAGGGGGAAAUUUGUCCUUCCUGACUACAUAUACAAAGGACAGACAUUUCACAUCAUGGGACAGACAACAUUUACAACAUAUGAAGAGGACAUAACGGUAGUAUACUCCGAUUAGUGGGGCCUGCUGUUCAGGGUGGCUAUUGCUAAGGGGAUCAGGCUUUUCCCCAGGUGAGCCCUUUUCAACUUCAUACUUCUGUAUCUGCACCAUGAGGGGAGUGGGACGAGAUAUUGGUGCAGUGGGUGAGUGAAGUCCUGUUCUAUGUUGUGUGCCAGUCGGGUGAUUGACUUAUGGAAGACCAAUGAUUUUAGCAGCUGUGUUUGUGAUACGUGCAAGUUUGGCCCGGUUGGUGACAAAAAGCAUGGUGAAGAAACAUGUGGAGCACUACAGGAGGAUUGGCUGGAUGAUACAUUGAUAAAGUAGCAGCAGGAGGUGGGAUGCAACGUAUAGUCCUUUAGGUUUUUGGAUGGCUGAGAGUUUUGAAUGUCCGAGGUGUGCAGGUUGGUGAGUUUAUUGUCCAGAGUUAUUACCAAGUAUUUCAAUAAGGUGGUUGUAGGUGUUGUACAGUUUCGAAGUUAUAAUUGCAGAAGUGAUUCAAUAUCCGACUUGGCCAAUUGUUAUUCCACCUCCAGAGGACCUGAUUUUGACGGCCGAUUUUGACCAAAGUUGGACAUGUUGACGUCUGAUUUGGAGGUCUGCAAGACAUCAGACUUGGAUGUCAAUAAGACGUCUGAAAAAGAUGUAUAAAAAACUGUCAUUCUGCACCUUCAGGAAACCUAAUCUAGACAUUAAAAGAUUACGUAAAAUACACGUCAUUUCGAUGUCACAUGGUGCAGUAGGUGAAGACGUCUCCUGGAGGUUUGGAAAUGACAUCAUGACAGCAUACAGAAAUGAUCACAGAUGAUCACAGAUACACAUGAUCACAGAUGGCUGGAGGAUGAAAAUAAAGAAGACCUGGGGUCAAACCUUAACCCCAAGUAUUUUUUAAAUUAUGCAUCAUGUGACAGAUUAUGAUAAUAUACAACAUCUUUAUUGAUUUGGUUGAGAAUUCACAUGCUACACAGCAAUUAUUCCGCUUUCAUUUCUCAUAUCAAACCAAGGUCCCUUAAUAAUCAAAUCCUGAAAUGUUCUGAAAAUUUAAUCUGCAAACUAGAGUAAGUUAAUUUCUAGACUAUAUAUCCAGAUCUGUGUUAGCGCCCGCAGCUCAACCCUGAAAAUGCUGAGAAAUUUUCAGUGUUGUGGUUCAUGUGUGAAAGGGGCUGAUGUGUAUCACUUGUAUUAAUCUAACGUAGAUAAAACAAAACAGACAGAAAAACACAGUGUUACUUGCUAAAUAGCAAGCUUCACAAAGAAGCUAACUAACUUAGCUCUUUCUGCAUGAACUAUAUCACACAGUCUAUAGAUAUACAGAAUGAAGCUGGUGUAUGGGUGUUUCCAUUCAGGGUUAUUUGUUGAAAACAACUGUGAAACAGGAAAGAAAAGCUUGCUGCUGGUCACAUUUUAUGUGCCCUGGUUUGAAAGACGGUUGUUUUUUUCCAUUGUGGUCGAACAAAGUAAGUACCAUCAUAAUAACAAGCCAAUCAUGGUGGCCUGUUACUGUCUCCUCCCACUUUAUGUGAUUAUAUCAAGAGGAAUCAGCUUCUUUUAUGAGCUAGUCUUGGUGCAGUCGUAAGUGGAUUUACAAGAAAAUGCUGCUGAUCGUAUUUCUUUCACUUCUGAUGCUCAGACUGAGUCGUGAGUACACAAAAUGCUUUCUAAAUUACUUUAUAUUUAUAUGUUGUCUUUUCAUACUCAGUAUCAUUCAGCAUAGAGCCCAAAUGAUCCUUUUUUAAAUACUGACAUUGUUUCUUCAUUUUCUUCAGGUUGUACAGGUGACAAGGGCUAUGAAACUAAAACUGUCAGUGUUGGAGAUGAAGUGACUUUGACGUGUCCUCGUAAGACCUCUCAGAGUUUAGGAAAAUUAUUCUGGCUCAGGCUAGUUUCUAAAGGUUUACCUGAAUUUUUGGGAAGAACAAAUAGUUAUGACAAUGAAAUUGUUAACAAAACCCCUCACUUCACCACAAAACAAGAACCUGGAACAUUUGUCCUAAUUAUUAACAAAGCACAGCUCAAUGAUACUGGACUUUACUUUUGUAUAAAACAAGUCGAACUUCAAGGCAAUUCUUCAAAAGGAACAUUUCUGAGGAUUAAAGGUAAUUGAAAUAUACUAACCUUUUUUAUGGCUGCUUAAAAAUGUAAUCAAAUUAUCAUCAGCAGUUUCAGUGUUCCUCAUGAAUAUACUGUAGAUAUGAGAAAAGGUUUCUUUUAUUAAUCUACAAAAUGUGCAUUAAAAACGUUCACUUUCUGUCUUAAAUUUAUGAGGACCAGGACCAAAUAUCACAUCAAUCAUUCAAGCCAUUUCACCUGAUCCAGAAGACUCAAAGACUCUGCAGUGUUCAGUCCUCAGAGACAAGAGCAGCAAAACCUGUCCAGAUAAACCCAGAGUGUUCUGGUUCAGAUCUGGAUCAGAUGAUUCCCGUCCCAGUGUCUUUUACACUCAUGGAAACACAAGUGAUGGAUGUGAGGAGAGUCCAGAGACUCCCUCUCUGCAGAGAUGUGUCUACAGCUUUUCUAAGACCGUCAGCUCCUCUGAUGAUGAGACUGUCUACUGUGCUGUGGUCGCAUGUGGAGAGAUACUGUGUGGAAAUGGAAAAAAGCUCACCUCUGAAGCUAAGUACAGAACAUUUCAUAUGAACCAUUAGCAUUUAUUUCAUAUCUGAUCUGAUCCAUGUUGGGAAAGGUUUCCUUAUUAAUCUAUUUUAAAGGAAUAAUGCGCAGUUUUAAACGAAAAAGUUGCCAUUUGAUAGAGCGGGCUUAAAGACAUUUUUUCUUUGUGCAGGUCAGGAUUAGAAAUUAAUCUUAAAUUUAUCUAAAGCACUAUAACUUUUUAAAUUCUCAUUCUUGUUUGUUCCAGGAAAUGAUGAGCUACUUUACAUCACUCUGUAUCUGCUCUCAGCUGCUGUGGUCACAUGUCUGAUUGUUAUAGCUUUCCUGAUUUAUACCAUCAAGACAAGAGCUCCCUGCAACAGUAAUAAAACUUUCUCCAAUAACAAUCAAUCAUACAGUGAAAAUCACAGCUCUUUGUUAAAUAACAGAUCGUGUUUUUGGUUUGACUUCAUCACAGCAGCUGAUGAUGAGCGUAGAAGUGCUGCGAAGGCCAGCGCCGAUCGGCAAAGUCGUCAGGUAAGAAACACACAGAGGCUGAAAAUCUUUCUCUAUUCGUCAAAAUAAACAGCGGUCAUGUUACAUUUUUUUCUGUGUGUAUUCUCAGAGAGAUGACAGCUCACUGGUUUAUGCUGCACCCACAUUUUCCAAGAAGAAACCCUGCAAAGGUGAGAGGAGGAACAAAAAGAGAGCGGAAGAAGAAAUCGUUUACUCUGGAGUCAGAGCUGCUGUGGCCAAAUCAUCCAAAUAAUAGAUUUACAUUUAGGCAACUUUAUGGAACAGAAUGAUACUUUUCUAGCCUUGUUGUAAUAAAGCUGUGCACUUUUAAUAGUUUUGUGUACUUUCUUUGCAGUUCUUAAAGUGAACAUAGAGUGAACGGACAUAACACAAGAAUAUAAUUUCACAGUUUUUUUACACUGAUGUCCCAAAGCUCUUUGCCUCUUAAAUCCGUCACUUUUUUCCUUGAUUUUUGAACAUUUUCAUAUUGAUGUGUUUGUGAUUGAUGUGAUUACUUUUAAAGCGCUCAAAGGACUUGCUCCAAGCUACAUUUCAGAGCUUUUAAUACCUUAUGAGCCAACUCGCAGCCUCAGAUCCUCUGGCGAAGGCCUCCUGGUCAUUCCAAAGUCGAGGCUCAAAACUAAAGGUGAUAGAUCUUUCUCCAUCAGAGAUCCUCGACUUUGGAACAACCUGCCAGAGGAGAUAAGGCGUGCAGAGACAGUCACUUCUUUUAAGUCAAAUUUAAAAACUCACAUUUACAGGCUCCCUUUCAUAUGAUGCUGUCUUUUCCCUUUUUCCUUUUAUCUUUUCUCUCUUAUUUCGACUUGCUAUCCUUUUAGCCUUUGUUUUACUUAAAAUCAACUCGUCAGUUGUGAUUUCAAAUAUAUAGAAAACUAACUGCUGGUUGCUCAUGGUUUUUGUUUUUAUUCUCUUCUUGAGAACAUGAAUGAGUGAUGGUUAUAAAUGUAAAACAAACUGAUGCACAAUCAGACAGCCUUCAGCAAAGAUGUGAAUCCUUGUUUUGGAUAAUAGAGCAGACUAAGGGCUCUAUUUUCGUGCGCGCCGGUGAGGCGGCGGAGGGCGGCGAGCCCCGCGCAGUUGUAUUUUCGUCUGGCGGAGCCCAGCGUAAGGCCAAUUUGGUAUUUUCGUGGACUGAGCCGCACGGAGGCGAGCCGAGAUCCGCCAAGCUGGGCGUGGUGGCGUGGCAGGGGGAGGUGUCAACAGAAUCAGCAGGCGCAGUGACAUUUUCGUGCUCGCCAACGGCGUGUAAAGUGCACUGAAAGCUUGCCGAUUCAAACCUGGUCAGCUUUCAGCGCAAGGCGGAACGCAGCUGGUCCAGUAGUAUUUUGGUAGACCGGCGGCGUAUCGACAUACGUCACUGAUGCCUCACCGGCAGGUUUCCACAGUGUCAGGCAGAUUUCAGUGCAAUAAAUAAUCAUCAUCAACUAUUAAUCUGAGUCAGCACAUACAUUUAGAUCUAUAUAGAUAUAUUCUGAUCUAUAUCUUAUCUGAUGAGCGCGUUUGGCACGCGUUUGGACACACAACCUGACCGAAUCAACACAGCUGAAACCGCAUCAAAUUAAAUUAAAUAUCUAGUAAAUAAACACACAUGAUGAAGUUAACAAGAUAUGUAAUUCGUCUCCCUCCUUUUCUUUCUUCCUCUUCCUCUUAUUUCUCGCACAGCUCGACCUGGACAUGUCUCUGUGUCCUCUGUCCGUCUUGCUGCUGCUGCAGCUGAACAGAUGAUUUGUUUCAGUGCUCAGAUGCGUUAUCUACUUUAAGCCGACAUACGGAUAUUAUAAUAUUCAGUUUUGUGGGCCAAAUUUAUUUUAUAUGCCAACAUCUAUGAAAGAAAGAGCCAGGCCACGGAGCGCGAUGCGUCAGACACAGAUGGUUCCGAUUUUAAUGCCAUUUUCGGAGUUUAUGUUGUGAUCUGUGCGAUCAACCCACCUUUGUUACGUGAGGUUUGAAUACGAGCAACUUUAUGUGAGUGUCUUUAUUUGUGGAAAAGGGUGUUUGUCUUACCAGUGGGUCCAACAUUACGCACACUAAAUCCAUCUGUGCUCAUAUGAGAGAGUGUGGAGGACACUUGUUGAGGAGCUGCCCUCUGUCGCCAUCUUGUGGCAUUACUGUCUUAAGACAUCUCUUGAUCUCUUUGACUACUUCAUGAAAAUAGUAAUACGCCUCGCCUGUGGCGGAUUUAAAGGCAAGGAGCCUAUGUGAUUGGUGAAAACAGGUCUUGGCUGUGUUAAACCCACUACACGCCCUUUCUCCUCCCCGUCUACGACUUAUGCUGCUAGGAGGAGCUGAGUUAGGGAGGGGGGAUACUUACGCCGGGCUGCGCAGCUCACCAAAAUACCAAAAUGUGCUUGGGAACGCCUUGUCAGCGCGGCGGAUCUGACUGACGCUGCGCUUGCAGCACGUCUCCGGCGAGGCACCAAAAUAGAGCCCUAAAUCUGUUUGACAGACAAACUCACUCUGUAAACUGUGGUUCAGGCCUAAAAGAGCAGCUACAAACCAGUGACCAUCAAACACCUCCCCUCUCUGACAGCAACAACAGGCCAGACUGAAUGCAAACUGUGAGUGUGUGCAAGAAGAGAGAGAGAGAGAGAGAGAGAGAGAGAGAGAGAGAUUAAAGAAGCACAAAGUCGAUCAGUAAAAGAAAGUACGUCCCUUUGUUUGAAAUCAUGUGUGGCAGUUCUUUAUUCAGUCCACCAUGUCCGUGUGUUGUGUUGUUUUUGAGUUUUUAAGUGUGCAUGUUGUCAACUACUUGACCACACACACACACGCACGCACACACACACACACACGCACACACACACACAUGCACGCAUGCAUGCAUGCACACCACACAACCAAACCGUGCAUGGAAACUUCAGUGCUGCUGUUGUGGUUUGGCCUCACACACUGAGGUGAGAAAACAGAGCUAUUUUCUAAUCUGACACGCUCUGAAUCCCAAGAAGUUAAACUUCACUUUUGUUUUACUUUCUUAAAAUACAAAAAGACUGAGUUAUUUCAAGAAAGUAGGAACACAAUACCUUACAUGUGUGCAUAAAGGGUGCUAAGUGCUGUGUUUUAUUGUGCUUUUUUGCAUGUUUGAGCUCCUGAACAUCAAUGCUGUCAGAGAGGGGAGGUUCUUCACAUUUAGCUCCUCCUUUCAGCUUGAACAUGAGUUUGAAGUUUUUGUCUCACAAGAUCCUAGAGCAGGUUUCACAUCCUUGCUAAAGUCUUUUUCAAUGAAUAUCACUAUCUGUAACAUCAUUUUCUUGAGUUAUUGAUCAUUUUAUCUCGCAGUGACCUAAAAAGUGACUAAGAAAAGCACCAGUCACUCAUGUUUCGUCUAUGUUUUGAUGCAUGCUCCUUCUUUGCACAUUAGACCAGCAGGAAGAGAACGAGGAAAUGACAUAAACGUAGUUCAAAAUGUGUCUUCUCACCUCCAACAUGACAGCCCACCUACUGACAGGCUGGCUGCACACUUCUCUCAUUCUCACAGUUUGAAGUGGUCAUGACACAGUAGAAAAGUACAACUAACAACAUUUAUAAUACUGGAACAAAAAGGUUUAUAGAUUUCCUUUUUUUAGGAAACAUGUCAGAUAACAAGGAAAUGGGCCUGAAAGUUAAAAAGCCAAGGGUGUCCUCUGUAAAGGUUUAAUAAAUUGGAGUUUGCAAACCCCUCAAUAACGAGUCACAACCUCCAGAGUUUAAAAGCAAAGCCAACAUGGAAGUAGAGAAACUUAUUUAUUUUGAUGAUUGUUAAAAUGUUGCUUGAGAGAGAAAGGCUUUGAUGGUUGGACUCAACGGGGAGAUUUUGAAAUAGCAGGAUGUCUAGAAUGCACAGCGGCAAAAACAUUGUCACCAUAAAGUCCUGACACUGGUUGUGUUGGUGGCUGAUGACCCGCUGGGACAAAAUAGAACUGAUGAUUUUGCAGAGACCAGGAGGAGAUAUUACAGAACCUUGUAUUAUCACACACUGUCAACUGCAUCUCCUCACUGGCAGGCCUCCCUGUAGCACAGUCAAACCUCUGGAGAUGAACCAAAAUGAAGCAGCCUGUCCAGUUUUUCACCAACCUGAAUCAGCUCAUCACUUUACUGUUCAUCUCUCUCCACUGGUUUCCAGUAGCAGCUGUCAUGAAAUAUAAGGCCCUACUUCCUGCCUUCAAUCAGCUCCUGCCAACCUGUCGUCCCUCAUGCAGGUCUAAACUCUCUCCCACAUGUAAUGCUCUGCCACUGGACUGUGUCUGGUGCUCCCAUCACAAAAAGGCCUUUCGUCACUCCCCAGAAUCUUCUCCUCUGUUAGCCUUUGGUGAUGGUGGAAUAAAUGACCAAACUCUAUCAGAUCCACAGAGUCCCUUUCUACCUUUAAGAAAAAGCUCAAGACUCAGGUCUUUAGAGACCACCUACGCUCUUAAGCUCAGCUCUUCUCCUCUGUUGUCCACAGUGAGAGAAUUACUGAGACCAAUGUCCGCCUCUACUGUGAGACACUUUGCCCAGCUCUCAGUGAACAUUUCUGCACCUGGUGAUGAUGAUGAUGAUGAUGAUGAUGAUGAUGAUGAUGAUGAUGAUGAUGAUGAUGUCGUUGGGACUUUAUUUGGUUGUUGUUUCACUUUGGUUGAUGGUGAUUGGUGGUUACUUUAAAAAUAAUGCAUUGCCCCAUUUACUUCAUGACCUCAUUAUGACCACUUGCACUUAAAUCAGUUUUUUGAACUCACUCAUGUUGUUUCCUUCUACCUAGAUCAUGCUUGUGUUGUUUUUGUUCUCAAAAGUAUGUUUCUUCAGACAAAAGCCUCCGGUAAAUCAAACUGGAUCAUUGAAACAUUUAUUGUAAUUGCUGAAGCUAAAAUCCCUCUUAAAAGCUCUUUAUUUAAACUUUUCAUUCAAACUCUAUUAAAAACACAACAGAAAACUGUUGUCUGUACUUGUACCUCCUCCUCGGGUCAAUAAUAGAAACCAAGCUUGAACCUUGAAACAAAAGAUCACCCUCCUCGUACAGCUUUGACUUCAAAGAUGGUUGAUGUUUUUUUCCACUGUGGUAUAACAGAGUAAAACCAUCACAAGGACAAGCCAAUCAGAAUGAGCCACAGUAGUCUCCUCCCACUUUAUGUGAUUAUAUUUAGAAGAAUCAACUUCUUUUAUGAGCUAGUCUUGGUGCAGUCGUAAGUGGAUUUACAUGAAAAUGCUGCUGAUCGUAUUUCUUUCACUUCUGAUGCUCAGACUGAGUCGUGAGUACACAAAAUGCUUUCUUAAGUCCUUUAUAUUUAUAUGUUGUAUUUUCAAACUGAGUAUUAUUCACCACAGAGCCCAAAUGAUCCUUUUUUUUAUACUGACAUUAUUUCUUUUUCUUCAGGUUGUACAGUUGAUGAGCGCUAUGAGACAAAGACAGUCAGAGUUGGAGAUGAUGUGACUUUGAAGUGUCCUCGCAAGACCUCUCGGUCUACAGCACAAUUAUUCUGGUUCAGGCUAGUUUCUGGAGAUUUACCUGAAUUUUUUAGAGGAAUGUAUGACUUUGACUAUGAAGUUGUUAACAAAACCCCUCACUUCACCACAAAACAAGAACCUGGAACAUUUGUCCUGAUUAUCAACAAAACACAGCUCAGAGAUACUGGACUUUACUUUUGUAUAAGACAAGAACAAUUUAACAUUACUAUUUUGAAGGGAAUAUUUCUGAGGAUUAAAGGUAAAUGAAAUAUACUUAGAACUUUUUCAUGGCCUGUUAAAAAUGUAAUCACACUGCCAUCAGCAGUUUCAUUGUUCCUCAUGAAUAUAGAAAUGAGAGUAGAUGUUUUACCAUGAAUCUAGAAAAAUGUCCAUUAAAAAAACUUUCUCUUUUUGUCUAAAAAAAAAUAAAAAUAAGGACCAGGACCUGAUAUCAUCUCAGUUGUUCAAGACAUUUCACCUGAUCCAGAAGACUCAAAGAUUCUGCAGUGUUCAGUCCUCAGAGACAAGAGCAGCAAAACCUGUCCAGAUAAACCCAGAGCAUUCUGGUUCAGAUCUGGAUCAGAUGAUUCCCGUCCCAGUGUCAUUUACACUCAUGGAAACAAAAGUGAUGGAUGUGAGGAGAGUCCAGAGAAUCCCUCUCUGCAGAGAUGUGUCUACAGCUUUUCUAAGACCGUCAGCUCCUCUGAUGAUGGGACUGUCUACUGUGCUGUGGUCGCAUGUGGAGAGAUACUGUUUGGAAAUGGAACAAAACUCACCUCUGAAGGUAACGGUACAAUAUCUUAUACGCAGCAUUUAGAAACAUUUAUCCAGAAUUUGAAAACAGUUUUCCACAAAAGUAAUUGCAGUAAAAUUUUAAAUAAACUGUAAUUUUUUUCCUGAAAUAAUUGUGAACUUAAAGUAUUAUUUUUAUUUUAGGAAACAACACAGCUCAGUUCCUGCUUUCAGCUGCUUUGGUUCUUUGUCUGAUUGUUAUAGUUUUUCUGGUUUAUAAAAUCUGGGAAAUUUCUUACAAAGGUAAUGGAAAUUUUCUAUUCUCAUUAAUAAACCAAACAGUUGUUAUAACUGCUAUAAUUAUUAUUAAUAUUAUUAUUAUUAUUAUUAUCAUUGUUACUGCUCUGUUUCAAUUGAUAGACCUUUUAUUUGAUUUGGUUUUAACACAGCGGCUGUUGAUCCGUGUGGAAAUGCUGCGACCUCCAGCACAGAUCAGCAAAGUCUGCAGGUGAGAGAUUGACAGAAAUGUUAAAAUACUGAAAGUCUUUGUUUCCGUCAAUUUUAAUAUCAGCCUCAUCAUGACAUUUCCUGGUGUAUAUCCUCAGAGAGAUGAGAGCUCACUGGUUUAUGCCGCACCAGCGUUUUCUAAGAAGAGGAAAACUGACAAAGGACCGAGAAGAAAUGUAAAUCCAGCAGAGGACCAGAUUAUCUACAGCGGCGUCAGAACUGCUGCGACAGACUGACAAUGGAAACUGUUCAUCUGUUCAUUUUAUUUGACAUAUUAAGAAGACUGUGGUCUCUGACAUUAUAUGUUGACAUGUUUGCAGUAGCUGUGUUUGCUUCUUUUAUUUUAUGAAAAAGGAAUUUACCAUCAGGAGCUUUAAGUAAUGUCCUGCACUUUGAACCAGAUUCACAUCAGCUGUUUCUCUAUUUUUGAGCCUUUUUUAAAUUGUUUUUGUUGAAAUCCCAUCUGCCUAUUUUCUCUUGAAUGUAGUUUGUAUGCUGUCAGCUUUACAUGUUUGUUUCUCAAAGGUAAAAGAAUGAUUGAAAUUAAGAUGGUGGUUUUUCUUGCUUCCCAUCAUAAGAGGAAAACUUUGGUUUUAUUGAGAUGUUGAAUAAAAAAAGCUGUUAGGAAAGUUUGUACAGAGAUAAAAUCCUGUUUCUUCAACAAGAUGAGAUAAGACUAUUGUUCUGGAGAGGAGAAAUUCAGAUGUUGCGGCAACUCUAGACAUGAUCAGCCACCAAGCAACACAAUAAAAAUAUACCCAGAAGAAAAACACAGAAAAAUAAUUAAAGCUGUAAGCAGAACUGAACUCCUGUCCAGGUUUGGUGCCCAAUGGAAGGUCAAGUCAAGAUGUUUAAGACCAGCAAAGAUCAUAUUUCUGAAAUCUUGUAGGUCACUGAGCUCAUUAACUGCAUGUCAACAUCGCAAGUGUGUGUGUGUGUGUGUGUGUGUGUGUGUGUGUGUGUGUGUGUGUGUGUGUGUGUGUGUGUGUGUGUGUGUGUGUGUGUGUUUAAAAAGUUUGUCCAAAGCCCCAUAACCUUUGCUGGGGUAGGCGGGAUUUUUGACCUAUACUGCAGCCCGUCACCAGAGGGUGCUGUUCUCGAAGUUGCUUCACCCAGAGAGGAGGAGGACAUUGUCUAUUCUAUAUACAGUCUAUGGGUCAAACCCUAACCCUAGGUAUUUUUUUAAUUAUGUAUCAUGUGACAGAUUAUGAUCAUAUAUGACGUCUUUAUUGAUUGGGUUGAGAAUUCACAUGCUACACAGUGAUUAUUUUGCUUUCAUUUCUCAUAUCAAACCAAGGUCCCUUUAUAAUCAAAUCCUUAAAAUGCUGAAAAUUUUAUCUACAAACUAGAAUAAGUUAAUUUCCAGACUAAAUAUCCAGAUCUGUGUUAGCACCCGCAGCUGAGAAUGCUGAGAAAUUUUCAUUGUUGUGGUUCAUGUGUGAAAGGGGCUGAUGUGUAUCACUUGUAUUAAUCUAACGUGGACAAAACAAAACAGACAAAAAAACACAGUGUUGCUAAAAUGCUAAACAGCAAGCUUCACAAAGAAGCUAAGUAACUUAGCUCUUUCUGCAUGAACUAUAUCCCACAGUCUAUAGAUAUACAGAAUGAAGCUGGUGUAUGGGUGUUUCCAUUCAGGGUUAUUUGUUGAAAACAACUGUGAAACAGGAAAGAAAAGCUUGCUGCUGGUCACAUUUUAUGUGCUCUGGUUUGAAAGACGGUUGUUUUUUUCCAUUGUGGUCGAACAGUGUAAGUACCAUCAUAAUAACAAGCCAAUCAGGUUGGCCUGUUACUGUCUCCUCCCACUUUAUGUGAUUAUAUCAAGAGGAAUCAUCUUCUUUUUCAAGCUCAGUUUAGUGCUGUCGUAACUGGACUGACAAGGACAUGCUGACUGCAUUUUUAUUACUCCUGGCGCUCAGACUGAGUCGUAAGUAACAUUUUCUAAAGUGAAUCAGAUUUGUGUUUUGGAGUUUGAUACUUUAAAUUUUUCACUAAAAGGGAAAAAAAUCUAUCUUUCGCUUUUGUUUAACACUGAUAUUUCCUCAUUUUGUUCAGGUUGCACAGCUGAUGAGAACUACGAGACAAAGACAGUCAGAGUGAAAGAUGGUGUGACUUUGUCGUGUCCUCGGGAUACCUCUUGGUUGUCAACACAGUUAUUCUGGUUCAGGAUGGUUUCUGGAGGCACGCCUGAAUAUUUGGGAGGAACCUCUACUUUUAACUAUGACGAAGUUACUGAAACUCCUCACUUCACAGCAAAACAAGAACCUAAAAAGUUUGUCCUGACCAUCAAAGAAACACGGCUCAAUGAUACUGGACUUUACUUUUGUGUAAAACAAACACAGCUUGACGUGACGUUUUUGAAGAGAACGUUUCUGAGGAUAAAAGGUAAAUAAAAUACACUUCACAGACUUUUAACUUCCUUAAAGUUAGAAUCAACCCUGAGUGAUGUCAGCAGAUAUAAUGUUCCACAUGAAAUGAGAUGUAAGAAUAAAUCUCAUAACUUCCAUUUACAUACUCUGACUUUAACUUUGAACUUUACUUGAAAUACUUCCUUUUCUGGAGAUUUAACUGAAUUUUUGGGAGGAACAUAUGACUCUGACUAUGAAGUUGUUAACAAAACCCCUCACUUCACUGUAAAAAAAGAUCCUGGAACAUUUGUCCUGAUCAUCAACAAAACACAGCUCAAAGAUACUGGACUUUACUUUUGUAUAAGACAAGAACGUUUAAAUGUUACUCUUUUGAAGAGAACAUUCCUGAGGAUUAAAGGUAAAUGAAAUAUACUAACCUCUUUUUUAUGGCUGCUUAACAAUGUAAUCAAACUACCAUCAGCAAUUUCAGUGUUCCUCAUGAAUAAAGAUGUGAGAGUAUAAGUUUUUUCGUGAAUCUAGAAAAAUGUCCAUUAAAAACUUUCUCUUUGUCUAAAAAUAAAGGACCAGGACCUGAUAUCAUCUCAGUUGUUCAAGACAUUUUAUCUAAUCCAGCCCGUCCAUGGGACUCAAAGACUCUGCAGUGUUCAGUCCUCAGUGACAAGAGCAGUAACACCUGUCCAGAUAAACCCAGAGCGUUCUGGUUCAGAUCUGGAUCAGAUGAUUCCCGUCCCAGUGUCAUUUACACUCAUGGAAACAAAAGUGAUGGAUGUGAGGAGAGUCCAGAGAAUCCCUCUCUGCAGAGAUGUGUCUACAGCUUUUCUAAGACCGUCAGCUCCUCUGAUGAUGAGACUGUCUACUGUGGUGUGGUCACAUGUGGAGAGAUACUGUUUGGAAAUGGAACAAAACUCACCUCUGAAGGUAACGGCACAGUAUCUUAUUUAAAUCAAAAAAUAUAUGUGGAGAUCUUAUUUGUGGAAAGACAAGAACCAAACUUUGUACGAGUCAAUGUUCAUGAUGUUAUUAACAUUAACAUCUAAUUUUUGUCUGUUUUUUGUACUUAGAUGAAACUUCUAAAUCAACGGGGCUGGUGAUAGCAGUUCUCUGUUUGGUGUUUUCUGUGAUUGUCAAUUUUGCUUUCAUCUGUUACAACACCACAAGAGCAAAAAGUGAACAACACAAAAGUAAGUGGUGAUGACUUUGUCUGAAAACAAAAUGUUUAAGGAGCCAUAAGAACCCAGAAGAGCAUACUUUUCCCUCAAAGUAUAAAUCUUAUAUUUAACGUCCUCAUAAAUGUUUAUUUCAAGAAGUAUAAGGAGAACUGAAAAUAUAUUCAACAGUUCUGAGUUAAAGUGACUUUAUCCUGACUGUAACUGAUGUAGUUUGUAUUUUAAACUCCAGCUGCUGUUUCCCUGCAAAGAAACCGUGUUUGUCAGAAAGAUCAACAGGUAAAUUAUUCAAAGGCAGCUUUAACUUCAGAUUUAAUGGUAUAAAAACAUUUUCUCUCACAUUGUCCUCCACAUUUCCUCAGGUAGAUGAGGACACACGGGUUUACUCUGCUGCUGUCUUCACCAUGAGGAGAGCCGACAGCGCUGCAGUGGAGAGAGGGAGGAUCAACGCCGCUCUGAAGGCGUUUGGGUUGGACUAGAGAGUUAUCUGCUUUCUAUCAGCCGAUACAGUCUGGAUGGAUCACUGAUUUUUAUAAAACCAAAGACAGUUUGGUGAUAUGAAGUUGUAAUGGCAAUCUCACAUUGUACUCAAAAACAGUUUAUAAUGACUGUUUUUUUCUGUUUCAGCUUAUUUGAUGCUUUUUUAAAGAUGUUUUUUUGAACUUUAAGCCUUUAGUAGAAAAAAUGCUUUAUUGAGAGUCUGACGGAUGACAUGCACCAAAUCUUGUCACAGACCUGAACCAGCGCCAUGCUUUCAUGUAUUUGUGUACAAAUAUUAAAGUUGAUUUCUUUGAAUAAAUCAAUAUAAGUGACUCUUCAGUUGUGAUUUCAAAUAUAUAUCCUCUGCUAAGUUGACAGACAGCUGACUGCUGGUUUCUCAUGGUUUUUGUUUGACUUCAGCAAAGAUGUGAAUCCUUGUUUUGGAUAAUAGAGCAGACUAAAUCUGUUUAACAGACAAACUCACUCUGUAAACUGUGGUUCAGGCCUAAAAGAGCAGCUACAAACCAGUCACCGUCCAACACCUUCCCUCUCUGACAGCAACUACAGGCUAGACUGAACGCAAACUGUGAGUGUGUGUGCAAGAAGAGAGAGAGAGAGAGAGAGAGAGAGAGAGAGAGAGAGAGAGACAGAGAGAGAGAGAGAGAUUAAAGAAACACAAAGUAGAUCAGUAAAAGAAAGUACGUCCCUUUGUUUGAAACCACGUGUGUCAGUUCUUUGAUAAGUCCACUGUCUCCAUGUGUCGUGUUGUUUAAGUUUCGAAGUUUGCAUGUGGUCAACUAUUUGACCACGCGCACACACACACACACAUGCACACAUACAAACACACAUAUGCACACCAGACAACCAAACCGUGCAUGGAAACUUCAGUGCUGCUGUUGUGGUUUGGCCUCACACACUGAGGUGAGAAAACAGAGCUAUUUUCUAAUUUGACACUCUCUGAAUUCCAAGAAGUUAAACUUCACUUUUGUUUUACUUUUUUAAAAUACAAAAAGACUGAGUUAUUUAAAGAUAAUUGGAACACAACACCUUACAUGAGUGCAUAAAGGGUGCUAUGAGCUGUGUUUUAUUGUGUUUUUUUUUGGUUUGUUUGCAUGUUUGUGCUCCUGAACAUCAAUGCUGUCAUAGGUGGGAGGUUCUUCACAUUUAGCUCCUCCUUUCAGCUUGAACAUGAGUUUGAAAUUUUUGUCUCACAAGAUCCUAGAGCAGGUUUCACAUCCUUGCAGAAGUCUUUUUCAAUGAAUAUCACUAUCUGUAACAUCAUUUUCUUGAGUUAUUGAUCAUUUUAUUCAGCAGUGACCAAACAAGUGACAAUGAGUAAAGCACCAGUCGCUCAUGUUAAAAGACCACAGCCUCCUCGGGAAGUAGCCUCCUGUAUGGGUGGUCUGUGUCAUUCAGUAAAUUAUGACACCUUUGGUACUAUGUUGACAUUGUUUGAGAAGGCAUUGUCAUCAUCAUAGCACCAAAGGUGUCAUAAUGACUCUUAGUGACAACCUUAAUAAGCCAUAUUCAUGUUAGUGACAGGUGUUAUUAAAUGGUUAUGACAGCAUAAUGUCAGUGUUACAUAAACCCCUUCAAAUAAAGUGUUACCUUUAUAUUUAUUUAUUGUAAAACUACCUGAAUAUGAGAAUAGUUUUAUGUUUAUUUAGAAAGAGCCUUUUAUAUCUACACACAAGGUCACCAUCUCAAACUGCCAUCCCUCUGAAUAAGCGAUGUCCAUGGACAUCCAAAAGAAGUAGAUAUCACAUUAGUCCAUUCAGAACGUAAUCUGAGCAUCCAUACAACGUUCAUAUUCAGUUGAAACACGACAUGAAAUGAUGUUGUUUAACCUGGUCCAAAUCUGGACGUCUACAGACAGACAGAACUAGUCAAGAAUAGAUGUCGAGACAGGCCACAAUCUGAACAUCUAUGUGACUCCAGCAUUAGUCGAUUAAUGACUUUGAGACGAGAGGUUCAGUCUGGCCAAAUUCUGGAUGUUAUUAGACAACCAGAACUAGUCAAAGAUAGACAUUAGCACGUGCCACUAUCUGGACAUCUUUAUAAGGUUUGUAUUUAGUUCAUAUAUAAUGUUGUUCAGCCUGGCCAAAUUCUGGACAUCUGCAGAUAGCCAGAACUAGUCAAGGAUAGAUGUUGAGACAGACCAUAUUAUCAACGUAUAUAUCACGUCAUUUCUAGGCCUAAAGCACACCAAAAAUUCCAUUUAAGUGACCUGACGACCUUAAGGACUUUGACCUUGAUUCUAAUGCACUUCAAAUUUGCAUCAGUUGUCCCACCAACCAAUUGACGUCAGAGAGACGUGCAGAUCACGCCAGUAUUGGGUCAGUCCGUCGUAGAUGUCAUAGAGAUGUGCAAAAUAGGUUAGAGAUUUAGACGUCUAAAUUGGACCUCUUUUAGACGUCAUAAUGACGUUCAGCAUUUGGACUUCAUCUGAAGACCAAAUCUAGUUGUCAGUGCGAUGUGCAAAAUAGAGCCAAGAUUUAGACGUCAUUAUUGGACUUCUUUUAGACAUUGAACUGACGUUCACAUUAUCAUGUAAUCUGGACGUUAUGUCCUCCACUGAAUCUAGACUUUGAAGCAACGUGCAAAAUAGGUCCAAGAUUUAAAUGGACAUGUUUCAGAUGUCAAAAUCAUAUUUGGAUGAGUGUGGUUAAUGGAGUUGACAACAAAUUCAAUAAAACAUGUUUAAUGACCAUCAUAUUGGUUUUGUUAUAUUGACACAUUGAGAUUUAGAUUUAUUGGUCCCUGUAGGGGGAAAUUUGUCCUUCCUGACUACAUAUACAAAGGACAGACAUUUCACAUCAUGGGACAGACAACAUUUACAACAUAUGAAGAGGACAUAACGGUAGUAUACUCCGAUUAGUGGGGCCUGCUGUUCAGGGUGGCUAUUGCUAAGGGGAUCAGGCUUUUCCCCAGGUGAGCCCAUUUCAACUUCAUACUUCUGUAUCUGCACCAUGAGGGGAGUGGGACGAGAUAUUGGUGCAGUGGGUGAGUGAAGUCCUGUUCUAUGUUGUGUGCCAGUCGGGUGAUUGACUUAUGGAAGACCAAUGAUUUUAGCAGCUGUGUUUGUGAUACGUGCAAGUUUGGCCCGGUUGGUGACAAAAAGCAUGGUGAAGAAACAUGUGGAGCACUACAGGAGGAUUGGCUGGAUGAUACAUUGAUAAAGUAGCAGCAGGAGGUGGGAUGCAACGUAUAGUCCUUUAGGUUUUUGGAUGGCUGAGAGUUUUGAAUGUCCGAGGUGUGCAGGUUGGUGAGUUUAUUGUCCAGAGUUAUUACCAAGUAUUUCAAUAAGGUGGUUGUAGGUGUUGUACAGUUUCGAAGUUAUAAUUGCAGAAGUGAUUCAAUAUCCGACUUGGCCAAUUGUUAUUCCACUUUUUAUUCCUGUUUGUUUUUGAAGUUAAUUGAAGAGACAGAACAAAGAAAGGAGGCUUAAGUUGUAAUUGUAUACAUAACUAUACUAUAGCCCUCUUUUCAGGUUGGAACCCAAUUUGAUGAAAGGUAAAAGGUAAAGGCUAUUCAAACACAACAAAAAGCUAAACAUCUACAUGGCCAGGGUGCAUGGUCGUGCAGCAGGUAGUGCGCGUGCCUCUCAGCAAGAAGGUCACCAGUUUAAACCCUGGGUCGGGCAGGGCCUUUCUGUGUGAAGUUUGCAUGUUCUCUCCAGGCAGUCUGGCUUCCUCCCACAGACCAAAAACAUGCUCACUAGGUUAAUUGGUGACUCUAAAUACCUAAAGUCCUUAGGUAUGAGUGUGAGCGUGAAUGAUUGUCUGUCUCUCUAUGUGGCCCUGCAAUAGACUGGCGACCAAUUCAGGGUGUACACCGCCUCUCGCCCGAUGACAGCUGGGAUAGGCUUCAGACCAACCGUAACUCCAAAAGGGAUAAGCCGUAUAAAAGAUGAAUGAAUGAAUGAAUCUAAAUGGACGUGGUUGAAGUAAAAUAAACUUUCAUUCUGCACCUCCAGAGGACCUGAUUUUGACGGCCGAUUUUGACCAAAGUUGGACAUGUCGACGUCUGAUUUGGAGGUCUGCAAGACGUCAGAAUUGGACGUCAAAAAGAUGUAAAAAAACCUGUCAUUCUGCACCUUCAGGAAACCUGAUCUAGACAUUAAAAGAUUACGUAAAAUACACGUCAUUUCGAUGUCACAUGGUGCAGUAGGUGAAGACGUCUCCUGGACGUUUGGAAAUGACGUCAUGACAACAUACAGAAAUGAUCACAGAUGAUCACAAAUACACAUGAUCACAGAAGGUUGGAGGAUGAAAAUAAAGAAGACCUGGGGUCAAACCCUAUCCCUCGGUAUUUUUUUAAUUAUGCAUCAUGUGACAAAUUAUGAUAAUUUACGACAUCUUUAUUGAUUAGGUUGAGAAUUCACAUGCGACACAGCAAUUAUUCCACUUUCAUUUCUCAUAUCAAACCAAGGUCCCUUAAUAAUCAAAUCCUGAAAUGUUCUGAAAAUUUAAUCUGCAAACUAGAGUAAGUUAAUUUCUAGACUAUAUAUCCAGAUCUGUGUUAGCGCCCGCAGCUCAACCCUGAAAAUGCUGAGAAAUUUUCAGUGUUGUGGUUCAUGUGUGAAAGGGGCUGAUGUGUAUCACUUGUAUUAAUCUAACGUAGAUAAAACAAAACAGACAGAAAAACACAGUGUUACUUGCUAAAUAGCAAGCUUCACAAAGAAGCUAACUAACUUAGCUCUUUCUGCAUGAACUAUAUCACACAGUCUAUAGAUAUACAGAAUGAAGCUGGUAUAUGGGUGUUUCCAUUCAGGGUUAUUUGUUGAAAACAACUGUGAAACAGGAAAGAAAAGCUUGCUGCUGGUCACAUUUUAUGUGCCCUGGUUUGAAAGACGGUUGUUUUUUUCCAUUGUGGUCGAACAAAGUAAGUACCAUCAUAAUAACAAGCCAAUCAGGUCGGCCUGUUACUGUCUCCUCCCACUUUAUGUGAUUAUAUCAAGAGGAAUCAGCUUCUUUUAUGAGCUAGUCUUGGUGCAGUCGUAAGUGGAUUUACAAGAAAAUGCUGCUGAUCGUAUUUCUUUCACUUCUGAUGCUCAGACUGAGUCGUGAGUACACAAAAUGCUUUCUAAAUUACUUUAUAUUUAUAUGUUGUCUUUUCAUACUCAGUAUCAUUCAGCAUAGAGCCCAAAUGAUCCUUUUUUUAAAUACUGACAUUGUUUCUUCAUUUUCUUCAGGUUGUACAGGUGACAAGGGCUAUGAAACUAAAACUGUCAGUGUUGGAGAUGAAGUGACUUUGACGUGUCCUCGUAAGACCUCUCAGAGUAUAGCAAAAUUAUUCUGGCUCAGGCUAGUUUCUGAAGGUUUACCUGAAUUUUUGGGAGGAACAAAUAGUUUUGACAAUGAAAUUGUUAACAAAACCCCUCACUUCACCACGAAACAAGAACCUGGAACAUUUGUCCUGAUUAUUAACAAAGCACAGCUCAGAGAUACUGGACUUUACUUUUGUACAAGACAAGUCGAACUUAAGGUCAUUCUUUUAAAAGGAACAUUUCUGAGGAUUAAAGGUAAAUGAAAUAUACUAACCUUUUUUAUGGCUGCUUAAAAAUGUAAUCAAACUAUCAUCAGCAGUUUCAGUGUUCCUCAUGAAUAUACGGUAGAUAUGAGAAAAGUUUUUUUUUUUUUAUUAAUCUACAAAAUGUGCAUUAAAAAUGUUCAUUUUCUGUCUUAAAUUUAUGAGGACCAGGACCAAAUAUCACAUCAAUCAUUCAAGCCAUUUCACCUGAUCCGGAAGACUCAAAGACUCUGCAGUGUUCAGUCCUCAGAGACAAGAGCAGCAAAACCUGUCCAGAUAAACCCAGAGUGUUCUGGUUCAGAUCUGGAUCAGAUGAUUCCCGUCCCAGUGUCUUUUACACUCAUGGAAACAAAAGUGAUGGAUGUGAGGAGAGUCCAGAGACUCCCUCUCUGCAGAGAUGUGUCUACAGCUUUUCUAAGACCGUCAGCUCCUCUGAUGAUGAGACUUAUUACUGUGCUGUGGUCGCAUGUGGAGAGAUACUGUGUGGAAAUGGAACAAAGCUCACCUCUGAAGGUAAGUACAGAACAUUUCAUAUGAACCAUUAGCAUUUAUUUCAUAUCUGAUCUGAUCCAUGUUGGGAAAGGUUUCCUUAUUAAUCUAUUUUAAAGGAAUAAUGCGCAGUUUUAAACAAAAAUGUUGCCAUUUGAUAGAGCGGGCUUAAAGACAUUUUUUCUUUGUGCAGGUCAGGAUUAGAAAUUAAUCUUAAAUUUAUCUAAAGCACUAUAACUUUUUAAAUUCUCAUUCUUGUUUGUUCCAGGAAAUGAUGAGCUACUUUACAUCGCUCUGUAUCUGCUCUCAGCUGCUGUGGCCACAUGUAUGAUUGUUAUAGCUUUCCUGAUUUAUACCAUCAAGACAAGAGCUCCCUGCAACAGUAAUAAAACUUUCUCCAAUAACAAUCAAUCAUACAGUGAAAAUCACAGCUCUUUGUUAAAUAACAGAUCGUGUUUUUGGUUUGACUUCAUCACAGCAGCUGACGAUGAGCGUAGAAAUGCUGCGAAGGCCAGCGCCGAUCGGCAAAGUCGUCAGGUAAGAAACACACAGAGGCUGAAAAUCUUUCUCUAUUCGUCAAAAUAAACAGCGGUCAUGUUACAUUUUUUUCUGUGUGUAUUCUCAGAGAGAUGACAGCUCACUGGUUUAUGCUGCACCCACAUUUUCCAAGAAGAAACCCUGCAAAGGUGAGAGGAGAAACAAAAAGAGAGCGGAAGAAGAAAUCGUUUACUCUGGAGUCAGAGCUGCUGUGGCCAAAUCAUCCAAAUAA